AUGCGAGUAGCUGUUGUGCAUCAGGUGGAGCAAGUGCUUCGUGCUCAACUUGCUCGCCAUUCUAAUCGUUACCCUCCCAGGGAAAUUCGUCUCUGGUUUCGUGGACUACAUCGGGUUCAUCAACAAGGACCCACUGAUUGCAGAUUUGAAGAAUCGCAUAACGAUGUCAGGGAGUGGAACAGAGAGCAAGUCGCUAGAGCUUCGAUGGACCAUGUAAUUGAAAAGCCAUUCGAGGACGAAGAUGGGGAUCUGAUUCCCGAGCACCACCAUGUCUUCGAUGAAUCGCAACUCUACCAACUGUGGUUGAGUUUUCACUUUGGGCUUUUUCCACUUGUUGUUUUCUUGAUCAAAUGA